AUGAGUAAAGUGAUCUAUGAUAAAGACGGUAAACCAUGUCGGACUUGUAACUCCUUAUUAGAUUUCCAAGCUGCCUCCGGUAAAGUACCAAAAGAUAAAAAGUUGGCAACACCUAGAAGAAAAGAUUGUCCUCCAGAUGUUAAUGAAAUAGGUAGAUCAUCAUGGACUUUUCUCCAUUCAGUUGCUGCCACCUAUCCUGAAACUCCUUCAAGCGAACAACAAACUGAUUUAAGAACUUUCCUUAGAUUAUUCAGUAAAUUCUAUCCAUGUUGGUACUGUGGAGAAGAUUUUGAAAAAUAUCAAGUUAAAAAUGAACCAUCAGUUGAAAGUCAAGAGAAGUUUGGUAAAUGGUUAUGUGAUGCCCAUAAUGAAGUCAAUGUUAAGUUAGGUAAACCCAAAUUUGACUGUAAUUUAUGGCAACAAAGAUGGAAAGAUGGAUGGAAAGAUGGAUCUUGUGAUUAG